AUGGCCACUGAUUUUCUGUUACUCCUAUUCUUUGGUUUUAUGCAUUUUUCGAAUUUUGUGUGUCAUGCAAUCACCCAUGAUCCUUCCGGUUACAUAGCCUACUGCCCGUGUAUGGGUCGUUUCGGAAACCAAGCCGACCACUUUCUGGGAGCCAUUGGCUUUGCCAAAGCUUUGAAUCGCACACUCUUGUUACCUCAUUGGAUUGAAUACCGCUACGGCCAGCAAAAGUCUGUACAAAUUCCGUUUGAUACAUACUUCAAAGUAGAUCCACUUUUGGAAUAUCACAGAGUCCAGUUAAUGAAUGACUUUAUGGCUAAACAUUCAAACGAUUUAUGGCCGCCAGCAAGUCGAACAUCAUUUUGCUAUAUGCAAAGAGGCGAGUCGGAAGGAUGUAAUGCCAAAGCAGGGAACCCUUUUGAAUCGUUUUGGGAUACGUACGGCGUCGAUUUUUCAUCUUCUGAAUUUUAUGCCCCCCUGAACUACGAUGUUUACCAUCACGAUAUGGUGUCAAAAUGGCACGAGAAGUAUCCACCAUCCGAAUGGCCGGUGUUGGCAUUUGUUGGCGCUCCAGCAAGUUUUCCAAUUCAAAAAGAAAAUGUAGACAUUCAUAAGUAUUUAAAAUGGAAUGACGAAAUAGAUAAGUUGGCAAACUCUUUUAUAAAUAGUAGAAUUAAGCCUGGCAAAUUUAUUGGCAUCCACUUGCGCAAUGGUAUUGAUUGGGUCAGGGCUUGCGAACAUAUCACCAAAAACUCUUUGUUGUUCUCAGCUCCACAGUGCUUGGGCUACAGGAAUGAAUAUGGAAAAGCAACGGAAGAAUUAUGCUAUCCAACGUUUGAAACAGUUGUGAAACAACUCAAACGACUCAUUCGGAAAUAUGGCAAAGACAUAAGUACGGUGUUCGUAGCAUCCGACAACAAUCAUCUAAUCCCUGAACUUUCACAUGCAUUAUCAAGUUUUGAUCUGAAAACUGUAAAAUACGAUAGAGAUAAUCCGCACGUGGAUCUUGCAAUAUUAGGCAAGGCGGAUUAUUUUAUUGGCAAUUGUAUAUCUUCAUUCAGUGCUUUUGUAAAACGCGAGAGAGAUUCAAACGGUCUACCAAAUGAAUUUUGGGCAUUUCCUGUUAAUCAAAAAAAUAAUCAAAAGGACGAAUUGUGA